UUCCUUCACACUAACACCAAGUGAGAGGAGAAAACAAGAAAGGAAGGGAAAGAAUCUCUUUUUAUUUCCCAUCUUUUCAGUUAGAUCCCAGCGUAUGUGGAUUAGACUGACAAAUAAAUAACCAAACAAACAGGGCAGCUGUUAACAGAAAUCAGUGGAAGCAGUUACAAUGUCUGUUUAUGGCCAGAAUCACUUUACUUGGAAUGGUACUCUGAGAGAUCUGCAUGGCAGCUAUACAGGCUUCUGCACAGGACGAGGUCGACCAAGUAUGACGGCCACCUUAAGCUCCUCCAGCGGCUUAGAGGUCCUCCUUUCCACUCUGCAGAAUGUCGGGGAUGUGGAGAGCACCUUAAAUAUCCUCAGUGUCUUGGAUGAACUUCUGUCAGCUGGUACAGAUCGGCGCAUCCACUAUAUGAUCAAGAAAGGUGGUAGUGAGGCUCUGCUGACUGCACUGGUCAAAUAUGGCCACACUUUCAGUCCCAACUACACUAUACUCAUACCACUCCUGCACCUGCUAGCUAAAGUUGGACACAAAGACCGUCGUAUUGGUAUGAAAGCAGAAGAGGCUGGUGCAGUGCUGCUGACUCUGAAUCUGCUGAAACACAAUGGCCAGCAUGCCAGGAGAACUGCUGCCUGCCUCUGGGUGAUCCAAGUCUUCUGUUCAUCAGUUUCUACAGCAAACCUCAUAGGAGAAAACCACGGACUGGAUGUCAUCUACCGCCUCAUUCCUCAAUACACAACCAAGCAUCUGCAUGCUAUUAAGGCAGCCAUUAAUGCCUUUUCUGCUCUGCUGUGCACAAAGGCAAAUGUUUGUUCUGCGGUAUCUAAGGGAUACAUCUCUGGCCUCUUGUGGCUUUAUGAGGACUGGCAUAGCAAAGAUACCCAAGAUGUUGCCAUAGCAAUCCGUCAUGCACUCCUGUGCUGCCUCCUUAAGGCCACUGAUAGCACUGCAGGCAGGCAGGCUUUUCUAUCCCCGGGAGGUAUCAGACUCCUAUAUCAAACUGCACAGACAUGUUUAUUAAGCAAAAAUCUGGAGUGUUUGGUGGAGCCAUCCGUGCAGCUGAUGAGGAAGUGUCUUCCUAGAAUUCCUCUACCAGUCACAUCAGAUCAGUCCGCAUAUAGCUUUCUGCUGCCUGGUACACCUGCUUUCCCGGAUGUUAUUGAGACACCAGAUGAGAGCAGUGAUGAGAGUGAUGCUGAAGCUGAAGAUAACCAUGAGGCCAACAACAGAGACUAUGAUGAUGACUUGGAGACUGACCUGAACAAACUUCGUCUUCCUCCUGACCCUGACAGACCUAAAGAGCUGCUUACACAGUACAGCUGCUUUUGUCCUGAACUGUCACAUGAUUUCCAGGAGCUGGAUCUGAGUUCAGAGACAGGGGAUAGUUCAACAGCAUCAUCAUCAGAUGAUGAUGAGGUAGUGCUGCUUGACAAGGACAGGGCAAAGACUACUGCAGGUCGAGAUUCCUCCACCUCCUCUGAUGGUUCUUACUCAGAGAUGGAAAUAUCCAGAAGAGACAUGCCAGCUGCUGCCCAUUUAGAAACGUGUGAUUUCCACAAUCACAGCAGCAUCCUGGGCACAAGCCCUGGGUUCAGGACCAUGGUUAGGGGGGCAAUGGGAGAAGCCUCCCCAUGUCAGAGAGAAGAUGAGCAAGAUAAUGAAGGAGAUGGAACAGAAGAAUUUUAUCAUCAUACCAUAAUAGACAGGUUACUGGAGCGGCACGGAGCUGGUAUUCCCCACCAUGAUCCCAAGCUGUAUUGUGCCGUAGCUUCCAAAACCAAAUCCAUUCCAGAGUUUAGCAUCCUGGCCUUUCCUGAUUUCUGGGGUCAUCUUCCACCACCAGGACAUCAACCCAUGGCCCCACGCAAACCCAACAUACAGAGACAGAAAGUGUUUGAAGAUAUUCAGCGUUUUCUGAAAACUGAUGACAUCAUUAACCAUGUUGUCUUUGACCUCGAAGAUAGCAAUCUUCAGUUUCAGUCUGAUUCUUUGAGGUUUUUUUCCAAGUUUGAAUCUGGGAAUCUGAGAAAGGCUGUUCAGGUCCGCAGAUAUGAAUAUGACCUCAUAUUGAAUCCAGAUGUUAACUCUUCCCAGCAUACCCAGUGGUUUUACUUUGAAGUUAGUAACAUGACAGCCGAUGUCCCAUACCGUUUUAAUGUCAUCAACUGUGAGAAGAGCAACAGCCAGUUCAACUAUGGAAUGCAGCCGGUCCUGUACUCAGUAAAAGAAGCCCUGGAAGGUAGACCACACUGGAUCCGAACUGGAACGGAAAUUUGUUAUUUCAGAAACAACUUUUGUCCAGCACAGGGCAGAAGGAGAACUACCUUUUACACCCUGACCUUUACCAUCACCUUCAAACACAGUGAGGAUGUCUGCUACCUGGCCUACCAUUAUCCCUACACAUACUCUGCUCUGAUGGCUCACUUGAAAAUACUGCAGAAAUCAGUGGAUCCGGCCAAGGUGUUUUUCAAGCAGCAGACUCUUUGUAGCACUUUGGCUGGAAACUCCUGUCCAAUAGUUACCAUCACUGCCUGUCCAGUCAGCAGAAGGUGGAAAGACCUGCACCAGUUGCGUAAUCGCCCCUAUAUUGUACUGACCAGCCGUGUGCAUCCUGGUGAGUCCAAUGCCAGCUGGGUGAUGAAGGGCACCUUGGAGUUUCUGUGCAGCAAUGACCUGGUGGCCCAGAGUCUCAGGGAGGCCUUCGUCUUUAAGGUCAUCCCCAUGCUCAACCCAGAUGGAGUCAUCAAUGGCACAAAUCGCUGUGACCUGAACAGCAAAGAUCUAAAUCGUCAGUGGAGUAAACCAGACCCUCUUCUGAGUCCGACCAUCUACCACACCAAAGGCUUUCUCUACUACCUCAACAUUAUAGGACAGACUCCAGUGGUUUUCUGUGACUACCAUGGCCACUCUAGAAAAAAGAAUGUGUUCCUGUACGGCUGCAGCAUUAAGGAGACUCUCUGGCAAUCUGGCUCUGCAGUUGACACUGUAGGAUUGAAAGAGGAUCCUGGAUAUAGGACCAUUCCAAAGACCUUGGAUCGUAUCGCACCGACCUUUUCUUUCAACAGCUGCAACUUUUUGGUAGAGAAGUCUCGCUCUGCUACAGCCAGAGUGGUUGUCUGGAGGGAAAUGGGAGUUCUGAGAAGUUAUACUAUGGAGAAUACUUACAAUGGCUGCAACCAGGGAAUAUACAAGGGGCUGCAGACAGGAACCCAGGAGCACCAGGAAAUGGGGAUGAAGUUCUGCCACAGUCUGUUGUCUGUAACCAAAGACACAAGGAUUCUAUACAGCAGGAAACUCAUCAACCAUAUUGACCUGGACCACAACAUGCUGGACCACAAGUCUCACAACUGUUUUGAAGAUGAUGAGCCUCCGUGUGCUGAGGAGAUCGAGUACUCUGGUGGCUGUCCCACACUUAAAGGCAGUGAUUUGGAUUCAGACAUUGACAGCAGCAUGGCCCGUGUUGAUGAUGAUGAUGAUGAGGAUGACAAAGAGCACAGUGCUCAAAAACAUCAGCAAGACAGCAUCAGUCAGUCUCAGCAGUCAAGCAUAAAGAACCACCUGUUUCCUCCACAAACCCGGCAGCCAUCCGUUGAUACACCUAGUGAGAGAAGAGACUUGCGUAAUGGUUUGAGCAUUGCAAAAUGAUAAAUCACAAGUUAAAAGUUUGUUUUUAAUAAUUUAAUUUCUUAAUGAUAGUAACCAGAGCAUCAGCUAAUGUGAGCUGUAGUCCUUUAAACACAGCAGACUGUUCUGGAUGAAAAUAAAUACUUGGGUUUGUAAUUCAAAACCAGCUUAACUAGAAUGUAUUACUAAAGACUGAAAAUACCAGGCAUGUGAUCAAUGAUGAUCAAUACUUCAUAACAGACUUUAACAUAAACAUGUAUAGGGAAGUACAGCCAUGACCUAAAGACUGGCUAUUUUACUUAGACCUAAAUUUUCAGGAAAGGAAUCUCAUAACUCAAUCAGUUAUGAGAUGAAAUGACCAUAGUUUCAAUGAAUGAUGGAUUAAAACCAGUUCUUAUUGAAUAUUUUUGUAUGUAAAAGGUCAUCAGCAUAGUCUUAAUGAUACUGAUAACAUAUCACCAGUGAACAAAAAUGCAUUUUCUUUCUAAAAGUCCUUGUAGGCUAACCAGUGUCACAUAGUCUUUCAGCAAACACUAUAAACUUUAGAAUAACAGUGAUCUGCAUUUUGCCUGUCUUUGUCAUUGGGUGAAAAUAAUUUGUGUUAGUCCUUUUAGUUAAUAUCUUACAACAUCAGAUAAAUUCUUGGUUUAGUGUUCCAGCAUCUUUUUAUGACUGGCUUUUUUCUGUCUGUACAACAGUAGGCACUACUUUGAUUAUCAGUAGGUAAUUAGCAAACUGGAACAAACUUGAUUGUUGCUGUGUAAAACUUCAACUUAGUUGUAUUAAUUACAUGAAAUACUGGGGACUGGUACUUAUCUUUCCUCACACUUCUUGUCCUUCUGUACCUUUGCAGAAAAAACAAAAACAAAAACAGGUGAAUAGGUUUAACCUGCUUGGAGGAAAGAAUUCAGCAUGUUUCCCAAAACGUUCUCCCCAAAAUGCCAAGUUCAAAUAUUAUGCUGUAUGUUAUAGACUUAAAAUGUGUAAACUGUAAGGCAAGGGGUGGUAUUUGGCUUCUGAAUAAAUAUCAGUGCUUUUGCUUUACAAUUAAUAUCCUGCCAGGAACACAUCCUGUACACAACUCCAUGUUUUAUCUUUUCAAGUUUCAUUACAAACAAACCUCAUAAAAGGUUAAAGAACCUCUGAUGACUGAUGGCCCAUUUAUUCAGAAGAACAUUAAUAUUAAUAUUAUCACAGAACUGCAUCUACGCUGCCUUUACAGCAGUUGUAGCUUGAUUUGUAAUCCACAAGGGCACAAUGCUGCUCUCUAGUGUCAUGUAUGAAAUUAUAAAUAAUAACAUUUUCCAGAAAGAAUUUUUUCCCAAUAUUUUUUGCUAAAACAAGCCUAUGCUGAUGGAAUCUAAAAUUUCUGAAAGUACAUGAGUUUUUUUUACCCAGCAGGUUAGCCUGUUAGCCUAAAUUUGUGCAAGUGUACGAUAAAUGAUAUAGUUCAUACAUUUAUACAGUUUGUGGAUUCCAUGGAUGGACGAUCCAAA